AUGAUUGCAGAUGCCAUGUAUCAGGAAUUUGCUCUCAUAGUAUGUUGUUUGACUGACCAUGUCCUGGUAUUUUUCGUCACCAGAGUAUAUUCGCCAAUGUUGGUGGGCGUUCGACAGAUACAUUUGAAGAUGAGGGUAAUGUUUGUUCAAAGAUAUAAGUACCAAGUAGUUAAAGGGCUGAACCAUCUGUGCAAAGUGUACCACUUCCAGUCCUCCAGGAAGUGAAGCUACCACAACUUGUAAAAGCUGUCAUCAAUACAGGACGCUUCUGAUCCCUAAAGGUUUUCACAGUCCAUGGACAGACAGGUUGUUGUGGUUAAAAAAAUUAAUUUAAAAAAUGAAAUUCUGUUGCUGUAAUAUAUAGUGUAGAUACAUAAUGUACAAUUAUUUUAAUUUAAUUAACAUAAUAAAUUGAUAAAAUUACAGUUCUGCAGUAUUUGAGCAUAUUAUUUGAAUAAACAUGUCAUAUAUAUUUCAGGCAUAGAAUUGGACUGUGAUGUAUAUCAAUUAUUUAUUUAUAAUGUUUUAGGUUUUGAAUGUACAUUUCUAUUUGGUGUCAUGUAUUCGAACUUUCAGCCAAAACAUAAACAGAGUGAUUAUUUUGACCACGUGGUGUUUGGCCAAAAAUAUCAUCCAAUCAAGUGUUUUCGAGAAGUAGCAGUGGAUUGUCGUCCAAUCAGAAAACUGUAGUGGGUUUCCAAGCAGUUCGUGUGACUAAUGCCUGUCAUAUGACUCUGCCACAAAUGGAGUUCGUUUCAAGGAACUAGGGCUGCACUUGGAUUUGGAAGAAAGCGAGACUUUCUAAAAUGCCUCCAACUCUUUUUCAGAAACUUUUUAAUAAAAGAAAUUCAUUUUCGCCGCCCCCAAGAUGCAACAAAGAGGACCCCGCGUUCAGCUGGUCAUCCCCACAGCUGGACCCUAGCCAGAUCAGAUUGAUACUGUACCAAGACUGUGAGCGACGGGGGAGAAAUGUCCUCUUCGACUCCAGUUCCAAAAAGAGGAGCGCAGAGGAAGCCCCUGCCUCGCAGAAGAUGUGCAGUAGUGCUGCCCAGGUGAAGAUGUAUGGGAAGUGCUGCCAGCUGAGGCCUACAGGGGGCAGCUCCAACUCUCUGGACAGUUCCUGUGCCGCCGAGGCCCGGGAACCCAGGGAACAAGGGCUGCGCUUCCAGGGGUUGCGGUGUUCCUCUGACGCCAACAUGUUGGGGGAGAUGAUGUUUGGCUCGGUGGCCAUGAGCUACAAGGGCUCCACACUCAAGAUCCACCAGAUACGGUCACCCCCUCAGCUGAUGCUGAGUAAAGUGUUUACAGCCCGAACAGGGAGUAGUGUCUAUGGCAGCCUUAACACACUGCAGGACAGCCUGGAGUUCAUGGGUCAGGACCCCAAUUCUUUGAGGCCGGAUCAGAACAUUGUGACCAACGGCCUCCUGGGGAACAUAGGUUUCUCUCAGCUCUGCAGCCCGCGCCGGGCCUUCUCUGAGCAGGGCCCUCUGCGCCUCAUCAAGAGUGCCUCUUUCUUUUCAGGCCAUAGUAACCCCAUGGACAUGCCGGGCAGAAGCCUGUACGACGAGAGAGACAGCGGCAUCGCCAGAUCAGCUUCUCUGAGCAGUCUGUUGAUUACUCCGUUCCCCUCCCCGGGCUCCUCCCUCACCAGCAGCCAGGCCAGUAGCUACCAGAGACGCUGGCUCCGCAGCCAGACCACCAGUCUGGAGAACGGGGUCUUCCCAAGAUGGUCUGUGGAAGAAAGCUUCAACAUGUCGGACGAGAGCGGAGGUCCCAGCCUGGGCGUGGCCAGGAAGAAGAAGAUAGCCAUUGGUGUCAUCUUCCUCCUCUCCCAGGACGAAGAGGAGAACAUCAAGUUCCAGGACUUCUUCUUCUCCCACUUCCCCCUCUUCGAGAGCCACAUGAACAAACUAAAAAGUGCCAUUGAACAGGCCAUGAAAAUGAGCCGGCGAUCAGUUGAUUCCAGUCAGAGGGCUCUGGCCUAUAGCCGCAUGGUGGAUGGCCUCAAUGAAUUCAGGACGACCAUCGUCAACCUUUACACCAUGCCCCGCGUGGCCGAGCCCGUUUGGCUCACCAUGAUGUCUGGUGCCCCCGAGAAGAACCAGCUCUGUGGACAUUUCAUGAGGGAGCUUGCCCUACUCAUGGAGCAGGCCUCAAAGAACCAGUUCCUCCCUGCCCUCCUCACAGCCAUCCUCACCAACCACCUGGCCUGGGUGCCCACUGUCAUGCCCAAUGGACAGCCGCCUAUCAAGAUCUUCCUGGAGAAACACUCUUCUCAGAGCGUGGAUAGGCUGGCCAAGAGCCACCCCUACAACCCACUGUGGGCCCAGCUCGGUGACUUGUACGGGGCCAUCGGCUCCCCGGUGCGUCUGUCCAGGACGGUAGUGGUGGGGCGGAGACGGGAGCUAGUCCAGCGACUCCUCUAUGUGCUCACCUACUUCAUCCGCUGCUCUGAAUUGCUGGAGACCCACAUGCUGGACAGCACUGAGGACGAGGCCAUCGUCAUCCCAGGCUCUCUCAUCACCACCUCGCUGCAGCGUGGGGAGGUGGAGGAGUCAGAUUAUGUGCUGGUCACCGUGCACAAGCCCAGCGGAGACUACCUCAGCCAGGGUCCCGAGCCCCAAGAGGACAGCAGCAACCCCUCACACAGCAACAACAGCUUGCAGUGCAGCACCUACACUGAGGCUGGCCCUAAGGAGGGGGACAGUAGUAACAACAGUCAGGGUUCCAAGAGCAGUGUCCUCCAGGCCCACUCCAGCCACAACACUAACGCUGUGCCCAUCAUCCACAUGGAGGAUGUUAGUGAGCCGCUCAAGGAGUCACUCAAGGAGUCACCAACCGCCUGUCUGGAGGCCAAGCUGGAAACAGUGGUGCGUGUGGGCUCCGCCUCCCCCAGGGAGACAGUGGUGCGUGUGGGCUCCGCCUCCCCCAGGGAGACAGUGGUGCGUGUGGGCUCCGCCUCCCCCAGGGAGCAGGUCUGUGUGCUGCUGGAGACGAAGCCUGAGACCGAGUUAGAGGUCAAGGCCAGCGAGAAGGAGGGGGUGGGGAGUCUGCCCAUCAAGGUGUUCCGCUCUUCUGGGAUACCACUGGAGAAGAAGCCCCCUGACAAGACCGUACCUGUACCUGUACCCGGCCCCUUUCUGUCAAAACACCAGGAGGAGCCUGCCACCAAAGUGCUGUUUCUCAUCGGCGACCCCCAGUCUCCGGGAUCAGACACAGAGAGCAGGAGGAGGAAGCUUGAGGACAUUAAGAAGCACAAGAAAUGCAUCAAAGAGAAACAGAGGCCGCAUCCGCAACAACAAUCACAACCACAACAGCAACCGCAACAACAACUACGACAGCAGCAACCGCUACUACAGCAACCGCAAUUACAGCAACCGCAACUACAACAACAAAAACAACAGCCACAAAAACAACAGCCGCAGCAACCGCAACCGCAGCAACCACAGCAACCGCAGCAACCGCAACUACAGCAACAGCAACCGCAACUACGACAGAAACCCCUACAACAACAGCAGCAGAGUGGGUGCAGUGACGGCGGCGAUCAGAGGGUGAAGUCUACUACCAGCACAUCACCCGACCAAACCAAGACCAACGCUGGCGGAAAGAAGACUCUGAUGCGUGUCUUCAGCAAGAUGCCCCAGUGGAACCCUGUCAGCGAGGAGGAAUGCUCGGAGCUGUUCGACGAGUACUUCAGUGAUGACAAUCCUGUAGAGACCAGGACUAUAGACGAUGUGGUGAAAUGCCUGGACUUGUCAAACGGCACGGACAAAACCCAGAAAGAGCUUCUGGACCCUUCGGGAGUCGAGAGUAGCAGUUGCUGUAAGGGACAGGGGGAUCAGGGACAGAAGGGAACAGGGCAGUUGGGUGUGGGACCGGGGGAUGUUGGUGGGGAUGAGGCUGAUGUCCAGACCCGGUGUAGGUGUGGCUCUACAGACACAUCGGAGGCACGCUCCUGUAGAAGUUGUUCUGCUGAGCAGAACAUGUGCAUCCUGAUUUCAGUAACCGUCCCCAAAAUGGCCCAACAAAAGAAGGGGGCCCCGCUUAAUGACUGUGAGAUCCCCCGGAACGAGAGUUCGGACAGUGCGCUUGGGGACAGCGAGAGCGAAGACGCAGGGCAGGACAUCCACAGGCAGAGUGACAGCGACACCUACUACAGAGAUGAUCAGGAGCCAGAUGAGUGGCAGGAAGAGGUGGAGGUCCCCUUCCCUGGGUCAAAGUUGGUGGAGCAUUUCUCCAAACCGAGCAUUGCCAACUUUGGGAGGUCACUGUUCGGAGGGUACUGCACAACCUAUGUGCCGGACUUUGUUCUGCAGGGGAUGCCCAACGAUGACAAACUAAGGCAGGGCCUCAUGUCAGAAUUAGCCCAUGCUGUACAGCAUCCAGUGUUGGAUGAGCCCAUUGCAGAGGCGGUCUGCAUUAUCGCAGACACUGAUAAGUGGACGGUGCAGGUAGCCAGCAGCCAGAGACGAGCCACGGACAACAACAAACUGGGGAAGGAGGUCCUGGUGUCCAGCCUCGUGUCCAGCCUGCUCCAGUCCACCCACCUGCUUUACAAGAUGAACCUCUCCCCCAACUUUUGCAUAAUGCACCUUGAGGACAGACUCCAGGAGGUCUACUUCAAGAGUAAAAUGCUGGCAGAGUACCUGAAGGGACAGACUAGGGUGCACGUCAAGGAGCUGGGGAUGGUCCUGGGUAUUGAGUCCAGUGACCUCCCCCUGCUGGCAGCGGUGGCAAGCACUCACUCUCCCUACGUGGCCCAAAUACUGCUAUAAUAGAUGGAACCAAAGCCAGAGGUGGCGGGUGACUGUGGACUGGAGCAGCCGGAUACUUCACCCUGGCCCAACACGUCGGCUUGACCCUGUUCACUGACGCCCUGCUGAUGCUCUGAGAGGGCCGGUGCAGUGCAGUCUCCUGGACAAGGUGGGCAUCCCAAAUUGCAUACUGUUCAAAAGUUGUACACUAUGUAGGUUAUAGGGUAUCAUUUGAGAUGCAGAAGGGCCUCUUGGAUGGAUCCGAGACCUCAGCUACUGCUGCUGCCACUGGGCAUACAGACAUACUGCCACAAGGGGACAGCCGAGUCCAUGGUCUCCUCUGAUAGUAAGAGAUGAAGCUCUGUUGGCCCACUCCAGGCCAGAGAGGCAUGCUGCUGCUGUGGCCAGUUCUCUUAUUUUUCAAUGUUUUCCCCCCUCCUCUGCAUCAACAUUAUUUUAACCUGGUUAAAGGACAAGAAAGCCAAAUCAUUUUCCUGUUGAGUAUAAAUAAUAAUCAAGACAUCAAUUAUAAAAUAUAUACUUUUUAUAUCUACUACUUUCCUGUACAAUCUUUUACCCGUUUAACCAGGAAGCACAGGUGAUAGAUAGGAUGAGUUUUUUUGUUACUUGUAGUGAAUAUGAUCAAAUUCACUUUAUUUCAAUUAUGUUUCUGUGUUCUUCAUGUAUUUGUUUACAAGUGUACUUGACCUGAAAUGUCUCCCUCAAUGGUCCAUAAUUCAUUGGAUUUCAUUUGAAAAUGAACUACACUAAUUAUAUAAACAUAGGCCUGGAAGUCUUAUCUGGGUCAUUUAUACACAUUCAUUGUAAUUCUUAACUGCAGUGUAGCUUUAACAUUCUUGAUCACAGGUACAGCACUACCUCAGAUAUUUUGUGGCCGAUCGACGCUACACGCUUUUUAUAGUUGCCGACUAGAUAAGCCUGAGAGAAUUAUUUGUAUUUUUAAAUCAGUGUAAUGUUCAAAUAAAACUGCCAACCCAAUGCUGAACUCUUGAAAAAGGGAUGUUAAUAAUUACAUAUUUGAAAAUGGGGAAAACCUUUAAUUAUUUUUUGGAAUACAACGAGCUCAUUUCUACUGCGGUAUGUGGGGAAAAAUAAACAAACGAUCUACAUAUAUUUUCAAACUGAAAUAUUUUCACAAGUUUAAAACAUUUUUAUCGCUUUGACACCAUCAUACCAUGUUUACGGCUGUAUUGCAUGCUACGAAGGGAGAGUUUGUGGAAUAUCUGUUAGCAAUACGUGUAUCAGUUCCUUAAACUAUUCUCAAUGUUUAUGGCAAAACCAAUAAUAAAUAAAAAAUUGCUGCAUUGAUUUUACAAAAGCAAGACGCAAAACCACAAAUCUAAACCACAGAUUUGUUUAAAUUUUUUGUAUAAAUAUUUUUACCAACCAUGAAAUUCAUGUUGCAUUUCAUUUGGAAGUACUUUGUCUGGAGAGUGUACCAUGCUAUGGAGUCUUAAUGGACAUGUGGCAUGAAUGGAUCAGGGGCUUCUGAAGAAUUUAUUUUGCUGGUUGAAAUUAUUUUUACAUGCUUAUGUAAGAUGCUAGGUUCUUCAGGAUAUGUUAUUAUUGCAUUUUGUAAAGCUCCUGAUUAUUUCUAUGAGGUAUGUUUACUUUUCUCUUCAUAUAUGAAUACAUGAUUUAGUAUGGUGUGUAACAGUUAAUGUAAAUUGUACAUAUUCAGUUUAUUUCCAUUUAUUUGUACAUAAUGUCUUUGAAUAUGAAUUGUUUCUAAAAUGAUCCUUUCCCAAUUUUAAGGGAAUGUUGUGCAAUAAAGAUGCCAAUGUUGUA